UGCCUUGCGCAAGCCCACCCGCCGCGGCCCUCUAAAGUCCACAUUUGAUAGCUGAUCCUGAAGAAGUCCUUAGAAUUGUGGCUACUUGAUAGUUGCUGUGAAGAAUUGGAACCUACCAGUGCGUCUUUGAAUGAAAGUCUUUUAAGAAUAAACAUCUGGACUUGAGGGCAUUGGGUCCUAGGAAGAGAGAAGCUUGGAACCUCGCUUGGGGAAGCCUGGUGCAGAGAUGUCUUGACAUAGCUCGGGCAAGAGGUAGGAGCUGACACUCGGUCACAGCGCCCUCCCUUGCCUGUGGUUGGCCACCAUGAGACCCCAAUGCUGGUAAAGGCUAGCCACAUGAGCUUAAUGGACACAUAGCAGCCGUGGCGAAUUGGGGGUCCCAAUCGGGACCUCCCAGGAUAGAGCAGCCCCAGCUUUGGAAUUUAGAAGCACAUCUCAGAAGAAGCCAGGAUAGAGAGAGAUUCUGUGUAGGACAGGAAUGUUCCAAACACUCUGGAAUCAUAGACUACCUCAGCUCUUUAACUGAGCAUGUCUUAUUAUUAUUAACACCUGACAAGAAGAACCACACCAGCCUCCUGGUUAUAACCACAGAACACCAGAAAGAAUGGUUCUGAUAAAAAAAGACAAGUGUUGCUCUUUCCAUGCUUAGCGCAGCCAUGGCCCGUGGUCCCAAGAAGCAUCUGAAGCGUGUAGCAGCUCCAAAGCAUUGGAUGCUGGAUAAGCUGACCGGUGUGUUUGCUCCUCGUCCAUCCACCGGUCCCCACAAGCUGAGAGAGUGUCUCCCACUCAUCCUUUUCCUAAGAAACAGGCCUAAGUAUGCCCUGACAGGAGAUGAAGUGAAGAAGAUCUGCAUGCAGCGCUUCGUUAAAAUCGAUGGCAAGGUCCGAACUGAUACAACCUACCCUGCUGGAUUUAUGGAUGUCAUCAGCAUUGACAAGACUGGAGAGAAUUUCCGUCUGAUUUAUGACACCAAGGGUCGCUUUGCUGUUCAUCGUAUCACACCUGAGGAGGCCAAGUACAAGUUGUGCAAAGUGAGAAAAAUCUUUGUGGGCACAAAAGGAAUCCCUCGUCUGGUGACUCAUGAUGCUCGUACCAUCCGCUAUCCUCAUCCACUCAUCGAAGUGAAUGACACCACUCAGAUUGAUUUGGAGACUGGCAAGAUUACUGAUUUCAUCAAGUUUGACGCUGGUAACCUGUGCAUGGUGACUGGAGGCGCUAACCUGGGGAGAAUUGGUGUGAUCACCAACAGAGAAAGACAUCCCGGGUCUUUUGAUGUGGUUCACGUGAAAGAUGCCAAUGGCAACAGCUUUGCCACUCGCCUCUCCAACAUUUUCGUUAUUGGCAAAGGCAACAAACCAUGGAUUUCUCUUCCUCGAGGAAAAGGUAUCCGUCUCACCAUUGCUGAAAAGAGGGAUAAGAGACUGGCAGCCAAACAGAGCAGUGGGUGAAAUGGUCUCCAUGUAACAUAAUAACAUGUUAAAAAGUUAUUUGUACUUAAUUAAAGAUAUUACAGUGUGGAAAAAAAAAAGACAAGUGUUGAUGAGGAGGUGGAGAAAUCGGAACCCUCCUACCCUGCCCCUGGGAGCGUCAAGCGGUGCCGCUUCUUGAAAACAGCUUGGAGGUUCCUCCGAUGAUUAAAAAUAGAACUACUGUGCGACCCAGCAGUCCCCCUCCCACGUGGAAAUGAAAGCAUGUCUGAACAAAACUUACAGAUGUGCACAGCAGCACUAUUCACCAUAGCAAAAAAUAGAAACAAGCCAAUGCCCAUUGGCUGAUGGAAGGAUAAACAGAAUGUGGUGUCCCAUACAAUGGAAUAUUGUUUGGCCGUAAAAAGGAACGGAGCUCUUGUGCAUACAACACGGGUGAGCCUUGCGUGUGUGAAGGGAGAGCCGGUCGUGUGGCCGCACGUGGCGAGACUGCUGGCGUGGAAAGUCUGAGUGGGCUGAUCUGCAGGGACAGAAAGCAGACUGGUGAAUUCCAGGGGCCAGGGACCGGAGCAGGCGAAAAUGGAGAAUGACUGUUCAAAGGGUCUGGGGUUUCUCGGGGGACUAUGAAAACAUUCUGGAAAUACGGUGGUGAUGGCAGUGCAUGACCUCACGAAUCUACAGAAACCCGCCGUUGAAGGGUGGAAUUUAUGGUACGUGAAUUAUGUCUCAAUUUAAAUCUCCGUGAUCUAGCCUGGAGAGGACAAAGGGCCCCUUGUCAUGCUGAGUGUCCUGCGGACUAGAGCAGACUGGAGCCGUGGCUGGACAGCCGAUGCAGCCCACAGGAGGGUGCGGCGCUUGUAGUGCCCACCCGCCACCUCCCUCCUCCUCUCCUGGCCUCCCUGGAGAUAGGCCCACCCUGACGCUCCUGGCUUACGGGGCGUUGUGUCGUGCGGGAUCUGCUCUAGUCCUGAGUCCACGGCGAGCAGGCGGGGGCCAGCCCCUGGGCCUCACAGUCUGAGGAGGAGGGACAGAGUAAGCCAGAGUCACAAGAGAGGCCUGGAGGGCAGGCGUGGGCUGCAGAGGUGUGUUCUGAAGCCUCCACGGAGGUCCUGUCCGGGCUGAGGUUUACCGGGCGUCUGAAGCUGCUCUGGGACAAGCCUGUCCUCUGACUCACGGGCCAGGGCCACCGCAGUGAGGCUGAGGGAGCCUGCGUGCCAGGGGCUCCUUGGGCGUCUGCAGGAUGGGAGAGACACCCGGGCAGGACUGGGAGGCGGGCAGAGCGGGGCGUGCGGUGCGUCUGGACGGCAGGGCGUGAGACACACAAACGUCAUGUCUGACCCUUUCACCUGGGUCUCCCUGACUCAGGCCCGUCAGGUGACAGUGGGCUGCUUCACCCUUGCUGCUGUAAUUUCACACAGCAAGUGUGUGACAAUCAUGAUUUCAGAGAAUUAUCUCUCAAUGAGUAAAAGCAGCCUCUUCUCAAAGAAGGGGCUGUCCUGACAGUUGACAGCCGUCCUGGGAAGAAAUUCCUUUCCUUUAAACUGCAGCUGGUCUCACCUGCUUUACCUGGUCUGUCCUCAGCUGGGGAAUGAAUGGCAGGGCCGGUGUUCACUUGUCUCAAGCCAGCUGUGAGCGGCAGCCACUAACCCCUCCCCAGGAAGCUCGGAGCCUGGGGGCAAGGUGGAAAGCAGACUGCUAAUCACCUUGUGCAAGUACGUCUAAUGCAGAUUGGGCCAGUGAGCUCCACUUGCAAAACGUCCUCAACACGGACAGUACAGGGUGACAUUCGAGCUAAACUGGCCUGAGGGAGACCAGGGGACAGAGAUUGACCCCCAGGAGAGGACAUUUAAGCAGGCCUGAAGGAGCAGUGGUGUUAUAUAGCCGAGAUUCACAGGGCCUCGGGACAGAGAGACAGAGUCACGGAGGCUGUAAUUAUCAAAAAGAGUUUUAUUGUCUAGCUCAAGCUAGGGUCCGAGGCCCCUGAGUACCAGCGCAGUGGCGUCGUCUUCGGGCAGGGACCCCCCCUUUGUGUACUAGUGACCCUUUUAUACUUAAGCUGUUUACACACUGGUCAUGCAUCC